AUGGUAACAACAGAGAACACUCACAAUAGUAUCAAGAGCUAUAAAGAACCUCUACCGUUUGAUUUCAUAACAAAUGAAGAAUAUAGAAAGUAUGACAAGUUUGUAAAUUUUUGUGAAAUGAAUUUUUCAUAUAUCGACAUGGAAGAUGUAAAUAUCCAAAUUCGAAAACUGAAAAGUGGAGAUAAAUUAGGGAAUUCUUACUUGUCCAAUGUUAUCAGCAGUUCAAGUGAUGAAGAAAAUGAAAAUUGUGAUGAACAUAGCCUUGAUCUAGAAAAAGAUCAUUCUUCCCAACUCAAGAAAAAAGGAAUAUACAGAAAAAAUUUAAAGCUUAUAAAUAUAAAAAAGAACAAAAGGGCUAGAAUCAAUCUUAUAGUAAUUAAGAAAAAGUACAUAGAAGAAAUGGAGAAUAAAAUGAAUACGGUAAAUAAAAAUGAUGAAAAUAUUCAGCAGAAGAAAAACACUGUAAUUAUAUCCCCAAUAUUUAUGCCUGUUGGAACAAAAAGUUGCAUUAAAGGAUUGGUACAAGAAGAGGUGAAGAAUUUAUGCAAAUACAUAAUACUGAGCAAUACAUAUCAUUUGUCGAACAUUUAUGACAUUUCUACUUUUCAAAGGAAUAAAGAUAUUAACAACUUUAUUAGAUUUCCAAAUUCAAUGCUGACAGAUUCAGGUGGUUUUCAGAUGGUUUCCUUAAGCAAACGCAUAACUAUAUUAGAGGAAGGAAUUCUCUUUGAUAACAUAUAUGACAAUACAGUGAUUCGAAAAAAUAUUCAUACAGUGUGUAUCAAAGAGGUGGAAAAAGCAAAUGGAACUCACCAAUCUAAUGCAACAGAAAAUGAUGCAAAUACAUCCUGUCAAGAGAUUUUACUCACUCCUGAAACUUCUAUAAAACUACAGAACGAAAUUGGAAGCGAUAUUAUAAUGGCCUUGGAUGAUGUACGAUCAGCAACAGAAACAGAUGUAACAAAAAUUGAAGAAGCAACACAUAGAACUAAUAGAUGGUUGGAGAGGUGCAUAAAAUCUCACAGUAGAAAAUAUGAACAGAGUUUGUUCGGAAUAAUUCAAGGAGGACUUCACAUAAAUUUAAGAAAUGAAUCAAUGGAAUUUAUAUUGAAACAAAAACUGAAUGGAUAUGCCAUAGGAGGACUUUGCGGAGGUGAAAAAAAAAAAAAUUUUAUUAACAUAGUUCAUCAUUGUUCCAAUGAAAAAAAUAAAAAAUGGAAUUAUUUACCAAUUAAUAAGUGUAGAUAUAUUAUGGGGAUAGGAUAUCUGAUGGAUAUUCUUUUUUGUUCCCUUCUGGGUUAUGAUAUGUACGAUUGUGUAUAUGCAUCUAGAACAGCUAGAUUUAAUACUGCCUUAAGUUAUGACGGAACUUUAAAAUUGAAACAAGCUAAAUAUCUGUAUGACUUUUCCCCACUCGUAAAGAAUUGCCAUUGCUAUGUUUGCACAAAAUUUUCAAAAUCAGCUUUACAUUUACUUAUAUCAAAAAAGAACCCAAUUGCAAAUAUUCUGCUGACCAUUCAUAACAUUUAUUUCACCUUGCACUUUUGCUACUUAUUACGAGUUUCUAUAUUUUCCAAUAAAAUUGAUCAAUUCGCAACGACUUUCCUCUACAACAACUUUGUUAUUGGAAGUAGGAAUGGAAAUUAUAAGGUACCAGAUAAUGAUAAGGUAUCAGACAGUGAUGAGGUACCAGACAAUGGUAAGGUUUCAGAGAGUGAUGAGGUACCAGACAAUGAUAAAGAUGCGAUAGGGAGAGGUGGACGAUCGCCUCAUGCAGAAACUAAAAAUGAAAACAUCAUUCCAAAUGAGGAUUCCCUAUCCAACGGGACAAACCAGACACAAAUGAAAAACAUUCAAGAUGAACCCAUAGAUGAUGCACAUAAAAUACAAUUAGCGAAUUGCAAACUGACUAAUGAUGAUGAAACCUGCACAAAUGACCAUACUCAACCAAGACAAAAUUCCCCUACUUGUAAUACCUUAACCGAUUGUCAAAAGGAAGAAAUGAUAAAAGAAUUAAGGGAUAAAUUACCUUAUUGGGCUUUAGAAGCGCUAGAAUAUGCAGAAAUACAGCUCAUGCUUUAA